CUUUGAUACCCAUAACGUUACUAAUGAGUAUCACAAACCACAACCAAAAGAUUCACAACAAGUUUCGGGAUUCAGAUGAGCUGCUGGAGUCUCAAGAAUCGAGAGGUGAUAUAAGGUCCAAUGAAGAAAACAAGUCUAAGAAACGUAAAAGAAAAAGAAAAUCUGCUACCAUUCCAGCAGUCAAUGAUGAUGAAAAGGUAGCCUUACCUAAAGCGGGAUUACAACUCGGGGAGAAUUCCCAGGGUGAAGAUUUAAGAAAGAAAUUCAAAUCAAAUGGAUCUGGAUCAUCAGGUAACGCUGGAUUUAAAAUUCAUACAAAUUCUCAAAAAGACCAACCUUCUGGAAAGAAAAAGAUAAGCUCAAAAAAAGGUCGGAAAUGUGAUGAUGAAGAAGAAUAUAGGGACAGCCGAGCUCAAAAUGUCACUAGAGACUCUCUUAAUACCAGGGCGAAAGAAUUAUUGCAAAUACGAAAAACCUUACCAGUUUACAAAAACAAAGAUGAUAUAUUAAAAAGACUCCAGAAGAAUAGAGUGACUGUGCUGAUUGGUGAAACUGGUUCGGGUAAAUCUACUCAAAUUCCACAAUUUUUAUUACCUUUGAAUAAAAAAGGUAUUGCUGUUACACAACCACGUCGUGUUGCUGCCAUAAAUUUAGCUACAAGAGUUGCAGAGGAGGCAGGAUCUAUGCUUGGUGAAAAAGUUGGUUAUUCGGUGAGAUUUGAUAAUAAGAGCACACAUCAUACUAAAUUGAAAUAUUUAACCGAUGGUAUGCUGUUAAGAGAGUUGAUGGUCCAAGCAACAUUACCACAGUAUUCUACAAUUAUCAUCGAUGAAGCUCAUGAGAGAACAGUUCUUACUGAUUUAUUGAUGGGGUUUUUGAAAGAGUUGUUGGCCAAAAGAGAAGAUUUAAAAUUGAUCAUUAUGUCUGCCACAUUGGAUGCGGAAAAAUUUUCAAAGUUUUAUGAUGAUGCAGAAAUUCUUUAUGUGGAAGGUAGAAUGUACAAAGUUGAUCGAAUGUAUCUGGAUCGUUCUGUUGAUGACAUUGUUGAUUCAACAAUCAAGGCAAUUAUUCAAGUCAAUAAUGGUGAAUUAGAAGGUGAUAUACUGGUAUUUUUACCUGGUCAAGAAGAAAUUGACAAAGCUGUAAAUUUGCUUGAAAGAGUUGCCCCUGGCUUACCUAGAGAAGCUCCACUGAUUGUCCCACUUCCUCUUUAUGCCGCAUUACCACCAGCUGAACAAGCAAAAGUAUUUAUUCCAAUGAAAGCUAGAAGACGGAAGGUGAUCUUGGCUACCAAUAUUGCUGAAACUUCGAUUACUGUCCCUGGCGUUAGAUAUGUGAUUGACUCAGGACUGAGAAAAGUCAAAGUUUGGAGACAUCAAUUAGGUCUUUCCACAUUGUUAACAGCUCCAGUUUCCAAAGCAUCAGCAACUCAAAGAGCAGGUAGAGCUGGGCGUGAAAGGGAAGGGAAGGCUUAUCGAUUAUACACCGAGGGUGAUUAUCUAAAACUUCCAAAUCAAACAGAGCCUGAGAUUUCUAGAUCAAAUGUUACUUCACCAGUACUUAUGUUGAAAAGAGCUGGAGUUGAUGAUAUUUUAAAUUGGUCAUGGUUAGAGCAUCCUGGUGAGGACUCAUUGAUCUCAGCCUUAACUCAAUUGUAUCAGUUGAAAGCUUUGGAUGAUCAAGGCAAAAUAACUAAGCUAGGUACUCAGAUGGCUAUUUUACCAUUGGAACCCCAGCUAUCAGCUAUUUUAUUGAAUGCUCAUGAGACAGGGUGUUUAACACAAGUUGUCGAUAUUGUUUCUUGUUUGUCAGUCGAUAACUUGGUCAUGAAUCCACCAUCCGAGACAAGAGAUGAAGUGAAUGAAAAGAGACUAAGUUUGUGUCUAUUGGGUGCCAGACAUGGUGAUUUGAUUAUGUUGAAGGAGUUGUUUGAUUUUUACAUUCAAUUCGAUAAUUCCCAGGAAAGACAACAAUGGUGUAAAGAGUUGGCCCUAUCAUACCGUGGAUUCAAAAAUGUUUUAAGAGUGCGUAAUCAGAUCCGUCAAUAUAUGGUUUCGUUGACUAAGGAGAAAUAUCUAUUUGAUGAAGAAGAAGAUGAAACAAAACCAAUGGAUAUUCCAUCAGUCUUGAAAUCAUUUUUAGUGGGGUUCGUUUCAAACACAGCGAUUGGUAUGCCUGAUAGAUCAUAUAGAACAACCACUUCAGGUCAGUUGAUUUCUGUUCAUCCUUCAUCUAUGAUUUUCAGUAAGAAAUCAGAUGCUAUCAUGUAUACCGAUUAUGUGUAUACUACUAAAGGGUAUGCUAGAAAUGUCAGCACAAUUGACCUUACAUGGCUUCAAGAAGUUGGAUCUCAUCUUCUUGCAUCAAAAACCAAAGUCGCAUAG